GUAUGGGAUGGAGGCUGUGGCUCUUUUCUCUUUCGCAGCGUCAGAAGCAGACGAGAUCAGUUUUCAGAAAGGUGAUAUCAUCAAGGUGACAGAAAUGGAGGAGGAUUCUUGCUGGGUGACAGCAGAGAUCCAGGGGAAGCGUGGCUACGUGCCCGGGAACUACAUUUCCCUCCUUCCACACCUGUGGUUUGCAGGACCGGUGUCAAGACUUGAGGCUGAACAGCGUCUGCGUUGGCAGGACACUGGAGUGUUCCUGGUGAGGGAGAGUGAAUCAGCUCCGGGAGAGUUUUCCCUCUCUGUUAGCUAUGGCGACAGGGUGGAGCAUUUCCGCGUCCUGGAGGGCGGCGGUCAGUACUGCAUCUGGGAGGAGUCGUUCUGUUCCCUCAACCAGUUGGUGGAUUUCUACAGAACUCACAGCAUUGCUGUGGAGAAAAUGGUCUGCCUCAAAGAUCCUCCCUCAUCUCCUCAGCUGUUGUCGCACUUGGCGCGUAACCCCUAUCCUAACCCUUACAAAAGCACCUCUCAGGAGUCCAUCCCCUCAGGCCGUCUCUACUCUAACCCCUCUCACCCGGAGGGAAAUACAUCAUCGCGUCUGCUGAAACCAGUUGUGGAGAAGCCUCGGCUGGCUCACGCCCUCUGCGACUACACGCCCCCUCACACCGCCCACCUCCACUUCCUGCGCGGCGACAUCAUCGACCUGCUGGACUGCUCGAGCUCCUUGAGCUGGAGGGGUCGCUGCCGAGGCCGGGUGGGGGUCUUUCCACCGGAAUACGUGCAGCCGCUGUACCACUGA